AUGGCUUCCAAGGCUUUGCCCCUGCUGGGCUUCCUCCUGAUCGCCAUGCUCCUCGUCUCCGCGGCUGUCGACGCAAAAGACAGCAAGGAUAAGGAAACAAGUUCGUUCUUAUACCCUCCCCUUUCCCCCUCCCCUUUCCCCCUCCCCCUCACAUAUUGUCCUCGCUGUUGCGUCCAUGCUGCUGAGACUCCACGUUUCAGGAGCUCCUAGAGUUUCUCAGGCUAACACAGAAGCUUUUUCAUUGCCAUGAUGCUGAGACUCCACGUUUUAGGAGCUCCCAGAGUUUGUCAGGCUAACGCAGGAGCUUUUUCGAUCCCAUGCAGAGAUCUCCGUCGACCAGGGUGGCGGCUUUCCGUAUCCCGGCGGGGGAGGCGGCGGUGGCGGCUACCCGUACCCGGGAGGCGGCGGCGGCUACCCAUACCCAGGGGGCGGCGGCGGCGGAUACCCGUACCCGGGGGGCGGCGGCGGCUACCCGUACCCGGGGGGCGGCGGCGGCGGCGGUGGCUACCCGCCCUGGUGGCGCUGCCGCUACCGUUGCUGCAAUAGGUUCCGCUACAACUGUUGGUGUUGCAGCCGGAAGGAGUACAUGGCUGCUGCGGAGAAGCACAACUGA